CUACUUUACUUUCCUGAAUCAGAAGACGACGCAAGUAGUUGAGACCAGUUGAGACGAAGUCAGUGGCUACGCGACCGUAUCCUCGAAUCCUUUCCAGUUGGUUUGACGUGCUCAUUACUCAUAAUUUUACGUUUACUAGAAGUAUGACUACAGAUUGGAGAACAAUUUUCGUAACCGGAGGGGCCGGUUACAUUGGUAGUCAUUGUAUCGUCGAACUUUUGGAAAGCGGAUACGAUGUUGUUGCAAUAGAUAACUUUGCUAAUAGCGUAACCGAAGGUGGCGGUGAAUCUGCGGCUCUUAAAAGAGUCGAACAAAUAACAGGAAAAAAGGUCACAUUUUAUAAUUGCGAUCUCAUCGAUCGGGAUAAACUUGAAACAGUAUUUAACAAGCACAAAAUAGAUUGCGUGAUUCAUUUCGCGGCAAUAAAGGCGGUCGGAGAAUCGAUGCAAGUUCCACUUCAUUAUUAUCGAAAUAAUAUUAUUGGUGCCAUUAAUUUAUUAGAGGUAAUGAAAGCUGCUGGAUGCUUUCAGUUAGUAUUUAGCAGUUCUUGUACCGUAUACGGAGAACCGAAUGAACUUCCGAUUACAGAGGAGCAUCCGACUGGUAACAUUACAAAUGUAUACGGUAGAACAAAGUAUUUCAUUGAAGAAAUGCUUAAAGAUAUAUCAAGGGCUGAGAAGAGUUGGAACAUUAUUUCUCUAAGAUACUUCAACCCAGUAGGUGCUCAUCCAAGUGGUUUAAUUGGGGAAGAUCCCACAAAACCAUUUACGAAUUUAAUGCCAUACAUAGCGCAGGUGGCCUUAAGACACAAGCCUGAACUUAUUAUUUUUGGAGGCAAUUAUCCUACAAAAGACGGUACAGGUAUACGUGAUUAUAUUCACGUUAUGGAUUUAGCGGCUGGCCACGUAGCGGCAUUAAACGCUUUGCAUAAACAACAUUCAAGAUUAAAGAUUUAUAAUUUAGGCACUGGAAAGGGUGUAUCUGUGCUUGAAUUAAUUAAAACCUUUGAGAAUGUCACAGGAACAACAGUACCGUACGUUAUAAAAGAUAGAAGAGAGGGUGAUAUUGUAUCUAUGUAUGCUAACACAGACUUAGCAGAAAAAGAAUUAGGAUGGAGAACAAAGUAUAAUGUUGAACAAAUGUGUGAAGAUUUCUGGAGGUGGCAAACAAUGAAUCCACAUGGUUACCGUGUUUCGAUGAAAAACGGUACUAGUGAACAUAUAAAUGGUACUUCAUAAUGUUAUUUACUGUCAAUGAAAAGCGAUUAAUUUAUGGUAUUAAAUAAACAAGAGAUCAAACAAA